AUGGAUUCACAGCCAAUAAUUCGUGAUCUCGUCUUAGCGAAUGUACUUGGGCCAACAUCACGUGAGACAUGUGUCCAAUUAGUUGAAAGCGAUAAACGUCCAUUUGGCCAUGUAAUUAUUAAUACACAAAACGAUAGGGUUUCUGAUCCUCAGGAUCUUGUUAGUUUAGCUCGACAAAUCGAAACAUGCGAUGCAUUUGUUCGUGCCAACGUGUCUAACCGGUUGCAAGUUAUUGUCAAUCAAGUGAACUUUUUGCGUCAAGAAACACAACGUAUUUUAAUAAAAGCACGACGAGAUGAUGAAUUGAAUCAUUCGGCGUGCAAUCUAGUUCGACGAGCCGGACAAAUCUAUUAUUAUUAUGAAAGAAAAAACGGACAAAAAUAUUUAUCAAUUAUGCAUCCACAAGAUUGGUUGACUACUGCAAAAAAUGAUGGUUGUCCACAUCGAUUUUUAGGCGCAUAUAAACUCGAAUACGAUAAUUCAUGGACACGACAAGCAACGGAUUUUGACGAUGGAUUAGAUGAUCCACUAGACGAAUUAACACAAAAGAUGAUCGAUUUACAACAAAAUCGAAAAAUGAUUGAAUUUCUAAUUAAAUCUUAA